UUUUUGGUCCGGGGAUAUUUGCAGCAGCCUGGCGCACAUCCCUCACCUGCCUCAGCUCCUCUCCUCCGAGUCUGUGCUGCACACAUCCUGUUUGAGAGGGAGAGGCGAAGGAGGAAGAGAAUCAACAGAAGAGACUUUUUAGCCAAGUUUAGUCAACUUUUACGCACAUUUCUAUUUUAUUUUGAAAGACUUAUAUUUUCCUGUCGAUUUUUCCACAGACUGAUGAUAUAUAUAUAUUUUUUUUUUGCCAAAGAUUUAUUAUGAUCCUACUUCUGGGAGCUGAAAUGAAGGUGCGCCUGAAGGCAACAUUUUUAACGUUGUUCAUAUACGGAUUUUUGUUGGCACCUUAAUUAAGUCUAUAGUUGUAAAGUUGUAGCCUAAACCUUGCGUCAUUGGAGGCGUUUGGCUAAAGGACGUCAAUCCAGUGCCAAGUUGUUGAACAGGAGAAAGAAGUUCUCCGCAUGAAGCGUUGGAUUUAUGUGAACUAAAACAAGAAGUCGUCACUAAGAAAAUAAUCUGGAUUUCGUGAUGUGUGUUUGAAAGUUUCCCCGAUCCGAAUUUAUUUCGUUCGGACAGGGGGGGACUUUAAUGGAUUUUUUAUGUGGGACCCGCUAUGAUGGACGUGGUAGAUGAAACAGAAGCGUUACAGAGAUUUUUUGAAGGUGCUUUCAUCUCAAGGACAUCAACAUGCUUUGGCUACGCGCAGGUCAUGAUAUUAUCAGUUCUCUGGAGCCAGCCAACAUCGACACAAGUAUCCUGGAAGAGUACAUCAGCAAGGAGGACGAUAGCACUGACAUCUGUUUCUCAGAGGUCCACAGCACCCCAGGACCAAAUUACUCAUCUCCCCAGGCAGGAGUGUCCUCCUCUGGGGGGUUGGUGUGUGGUGUGAGCCCCCCUAUUCCACUGCGCCAAGGAGCCCCUCCGCCUGGGCCUCCUAACUGUCAGAACGCCUACCCCCCAGGUCCAUCCCUGGGCCUCCGACACAACUACCUCUGCCUGGGACAGCAGCAGCAGCAGCAGCAGCAGCAGCAGCAGCAGCAGCAGCAGGCUCACAUCAAGCCUGAGCACAGGGGCCACUACGCUCCAGGGACACUACCUGAGUCCCCCCCAGACUCCAGCUCAGAGCCGUACUCUCCACAGCAGGUGAAUGAUCCUCACAUGAUCAGGACCAUGACACCAGAGAACAUGUGUCACAUGACUCCAACACCACCCCUCCCACCACACGGGCACUAUCCCAACAUGCAUCGGGACAUGUACCUGAAGCCUGAGUCCAUGAUAUCACAGUAUCCCAUUGGUCCAGCCACAAGCGGAAGUGGAGACAUGCAGCAGACUCAGAUGCUCCAUCAGCUACUGCAGCAUCCACAGGGGCAGGACGGCAUCCCUGUUCACCAGGCCAAGAAGAGGAAGCACUCUGACUCUCCCAACAGCACCCUCAAUUCCCAAAUCCUCACAGGUAUCAUCAAACAAGAACCAGGUUUAAUGCAGGAUUCAGACAACUCCUACCUGGACCCAAACUAUCAGUGCAUUAAGUGGCAGCCUCACCAGCAGAACAAGUGGACACCACUGUAUGAUGCAAACUGCAAAGAGCUUCCAAUGCCAACCUACCGUGUUGAUGCUGACAAGGGCUUCAACUUCUCCUUGGCUGAUGAUGCUUUUGUUUGCCAGAAGAAGAAUCAUUUCCAGGUCACAGUAUACAUAGGCAUGCUGGGAGAUCCCAAGUACAUCAAGACAAGUGACGGCCUGCAGCCCAUUGACUGUUUCUAUCUCAAACUCAACGGAGUAAAGGUGGAGGCUGUGAAUCAGUCUAUCAGUGUGGAGCAGUCACAGUCUGACCGUAGCAAGAGACCCUUCAAGCCAGUGAUGGUCACCCUGCCCUCAGAGCAGGUCACAAAGGUCACAGUGGGGAGGCUCCACUUCAGCGAGACCACUGCAAAUAACAUGAGGAAGAAGGGCAAACCAAACCCUGACCAGAGGUAUUUUAUGCUGGUGGUGGCUCUGCAUGCUCAGUCCCACAGUCAGAGCUACACUGUGGCUGCCCAAGCAUCCGAGAGGAUCAUCGUCAGGGUAACGUCUGGCCAUGCAUCCAACCCAGGCCAGUUUGAAAGUGACAGCGAGGUGCUGUGGCAGCGUGGCCAACUGCCAGACUCCGUCUACCACCACGGGAGAGUUGGCAUCAACACCGACCGGCCAGAUGAGGCCCUUGUUGUCCAUGGCAACCUGAAGGUCAUGGGCUCCCUGGUACACCCGUCUGACAUCAGGGCCAAAGAAAAUGUCCAGGAGGUCAACACCACAGACAAUUUGAAACGGAUUUCUCAGAUGAGGCUGGUCCAUUAUCAAUACAAGCCUGAGUUUGCUGCCACCGUGGGCAUAGAGAACACUGCAGAGACUGGAGUGAUCGCUCAAGAGGUUCAGCAAAUCUUGCCUGAAGCAGUGAAGGAGGGGGGCGAUGUGGUGUGCUCCAAUGGAGAAACUAUCUCCAACCUGUUAGUGGUCAACAAGGACCUUAUCUUCAUGGAGAACGUGGGAGCGGUGAAGGAGCUGUGUAAGCUCACAGACAACCUGGAGACUCGUAUAGAUGAACUGGAGCGCUGGAGCCGAAAACUGGCCAAGCUACGUCGUCUUGACAGCAUGAAGAGCACCGUGAGUGGAAGUACUGUCAGCCAAUCAGGGAGUUAUUUCAGCAGAACAGGAAGUGGCCCACUCAGGAAGAAGACAGUCAAACCUGGGAGCAAGAAUUCGGCUCCAGAUCAAGGCUGCAUCAGCCAGAGGUUCAUGCAGGGAACCAUCCUGGCACUGGUCAUUGUCAUGGCCUUCAGUGUCAUUUCCAUGUCCGUCCUUUAUGUGUUGACUCUUCACCAUAGAGGAGACGUCACAGAGAAAGAUGGCUAUGUUCCUUCCUGUGUUCUCUACAUCUCUUGGAUGCCCAUCUUCACUGCCACUGUAACUUUCUGUCCACCUGUCUGCACAUGGUCCAGAGCUGCAUUGGGAUCCUCACGUAGGAGUCCAUAUACUCCACUGUCCACCACCCCUUCACCAGCUUGCUGUUCAACUACAGCCAUAAACAACCAAUCAGUUACAGAUUUGAUAUUGAAUAACAACCAGUCCACACCAGAUUUAGGCAGCCUGGUUCCCACACCAGGAACUGUGAUCAAGAAGGCCAAGUCCAGACCAAUGGACAAGGAUGGCCGCAAUAGAAACCGUCUGAGUCACACCUCAGCACCUUUGUACUUUGCCAAGUCUAAAAGGCCGGCACCUACAGACCUGGGCGGAGUGGGAGCUACCAACCGUCUGCCCCCAGGUCAGCCGACACUGCCACGCAGACAACGCAGCCUACACACAAAGGGAGGAAGGUCAGCUCCCUCUCUGACUAGUCUACAUAUCGUGGAGACAAACCAAGAGAUCACAGCACAAACUUGUGCAACACCAGAAAGCUGCAGCUAUACAAUAUCACUCCAUGGAAACAGAAAUUCCUCCAUCUCACAAAUCACUUUGCACAUGAUGUCCACGAACAGCGUGUGGGUACGACAAUGUGGAGCCACCAAGGGACGUUUAUGCCCCAACCACACAGAGACAGAGCUCUAUGGGGGACAGAGUACAUCAACAAAGGGGACUCAUCACCUUUGGUCAGUGCCCGUGCUGUCCUUCCAAGACAUCACCUAUCACUUCCGUGUCUCCCUGUCUAGUGAGGCGAGCUGUGCCACUGAAGGAGAAACCUCAUCAUACUCUGACUACCAUUUUACCAUUCAAAACAUCUGUGUGUGAGAAGGAAGACAAUGUGUCCCAGUGUCUUUACAAUACACCACAUUUGUGGUUCCAUUUGUACGCUGUUGUGAUAGUAUAGGAUUGUGUCUCAUUAUUGUAUGUUAUUUUUUAAAGAUACUCAUACAGAACAAAUUAUAUACCACUGUCCCUGUCACUGUUAUCGCCUCCACAUGUAUAUGCAUUAAGACAUCUCUUUUUGCUGUGAUGACUGGAGUUUGAAACACUGUUUUUUCUGUCACUGAAAAUGUUUAAGAUCACUGUAAUUGACGACUGUGUUGUGUCACUGUUAACUGAGUCCAUGAGUUUAUAGGUCAUUGUAUUAAUGAUCACCAAGUCCAUACUUAAUACAAGCCAGAAUUACUUUUUAGCAGAAUUCAAGUUUCUAAAUGAAGUCCAGGCUAAGAGACAGUAGAUGCUGCACACAUUUCUUUUUUUUUUUUUUUUUAAUACAAUGAAUCUCUAAGUACGAUGAAAUCAGUGUUGACUAAAAACAAGAACACUUUUCAAUAGUUGUAUACACUGGAAAGAAGAUCAUUGGCCUCUGCUGAAGGCCUCAGUGAAUUGUUGCAAUUCGCACUGAAGAUAUACUGUAUACUGUACCUCAGUAGUGCACACUGGCAAAAUCCUGGGCCCCCCUAGGAGGCAGUCGACUAGACUGUCUGCUUUCUCAUAAUGCAGCGUCUGACUAAACACUGUACAGAGAAGGUAAUACUGUGCAGUAUUGCUAUCUCAAUUGUGACAUUAAGUGAAACUUCAAAUUGUUACAUUAAAUGUCUAUGCAUAUGCAUAUUAUUACACAGAAAUCUUCAUUAUCGUUCUGAAAAUGAAGUUAUACAAGUCAUACUAAAUCCAGCAGAUUCACUUGAAGACAUGCGAUAAGACUGGUAAACAAAGUAAACAAUUCACUGGAACUGAACAUGUAGAAACACUGACAGCUCUUAGCAUCUGAUAGUGAAUGCAACAAGUCCAACACUGACUAUAUUUUAAGAAACACUGGAAUAGCUUACACUGUAUUUGCUAACCGGACAGAAUGCUGGUAAGGCAAUAAAUGGCAUAAAUCAUUUCAGUUGCAUGCCCAAUCAUUUCUCUAAAAUUAUACAUCUCAGCUCAGAGGCAAAUCAAAUGCUUCAGCUAUGAAAAUUCAUUUUUAAUGGCUCGAUCAUAAAGCUGAGGAGGAGUUGCAUUUAUUUAUGCACACUGCAGAGAUCAAAUUAAACACUGGACAGUUUCAUGUAUUUCUCUGGAUGUUUUGAAUACUUUUCCUGUGCCUUUACAAUUAAGAUUAUGUAGUAAUAACACUUUGAGUAUAACUGGAUUGUAUGUAUGAUGUUUUCUUCUAUUAUCUUUUCUUGUUUUAAAGCCAUUCUCCACUUACUCUCACCACCAUGCUCUUGCUGCGUUUGUCAAAAUUUGUUUUUAAAUUCAUAUUCCAUAUGUGUCUAUUCAGAAAGAAAAAAAUACAAUAGUGUAUCUCAAAUGUAAAACCAAUAUUAAAUAGGAAAAACAGCCAUCAGACAAACGUUUAUUGAAUUUAUCAUAUUAUUAGGACACUGUAAAAUGCUUUCAGUAUAAUUAUUAUGACUUCAGUGGGUAUAGUGUACUAUUUUAGCUUAUUUAUAAUGCACCAGCUAGCAUAAUGAAACCACUGUAGCACUUUUUGCACUGUAUAUAUGAACUGCUUUUGCUCUAUCCAAUACACCAGACUGUUUUCAUAUACUCUGGUAGAACUGCAUUACAUGUAACUGUAUAGCUUCAUUUUGUUACUACCAAUGCUCAUUUUUUAUCUGAUGUGUUUUAUCAUAUUGUUUUUAUAGUUGAUAUUUUUUGGGUUGUUGUAUUAUCAAUAAUAUAUUAACCUUUAGCUAAUGGAGCCGAGAAAUUAUUGACAAACAUGUAAACACACACACACACACACACACACACACACACACACACACACACACACACACACACACACACACACAGCAAUACAUUUCUAAAAUUCCAUAACACUAAAACUCGUUGAGUACUUUAAUAUCACUACUUUGUCGUUUUAGCCCAUUUUAUCAUUACAUUUUUCAAAGCCUUUUGUCAAAAAAAAAUAUGCUGUAAUACUAUGUAAAUGCAUGUAGUAAAUAAAUUUGUGAUUGAA